AUUCUACGGUAACUAUGAUCGUUCAACUGCUGCACGUCUCAUCCUGUACCAUGGUAUUAUUACAAGAUAUCUACGUAUUGUACCUAAGACAUCCCAGACUGGUACAUCGUGCUUAAGGACAGAGAUCUAUGGAUAUCCUUUCCAGUCAAGCUGUUCAAGUCACAGUGUUGGUAUACCCUCUACUAGUUUGGUACCUGAUCACAGGUUUACAGCAACAUCAACUUCUCAGCACUACAAACCUUUUAAAGGAAGACUGGGUAAUAGCCAAGCCUGGGCUGCGAAUACACGAAAUGCACCUGGUGAUUAUCUUCAGAUUGAUCUUGGUGCUAUGUUCUAUAUAUGUGCUGUAGCUACUCAGGGACUUGGAGAAAACAGGAACGAAUAUGUGAAAAAGUACAAAGUAUUGUACUCAACAAACAACGUGCAGUGGACAACAUAUCAGGAAAUGUCUGGUGACAAAGAGUUCAGCGGUAACUCUGACAGAUCAUCAGUGGUUACUAAUGCAAUAACCAACCCAUUCAGAGCCAGGUUUGUUCGUGUACUUCCAACAGAGUUCAAACAAUGGAAGAUGCUAAGGGUAGAUUUCAAAGGACUUCCACUUGGUUGUACCUCGCCGCUUGGUCUUGAGAAUUCACAGAUACCAGACUCACAGAUGACGUCAUCUUCUUUCUGGACUGGUAAUGGUGUUCAAUAUACCGCACGACUUGGUCGUCUGUAUGGCAGUUCGUCAUGGUGCAGCCAAACAAAUGGUAAUAAUGAGUACAUACAGGUUAACCUUGGACAGGUCAAGACAGUGACAGGUAUUGCAACACAAGGUAACCCACAUAUGAAUGCAUGGGUGAAGUCAUACAAAGUUAGUUACAGCUUUGAUAACAGAUAUUGGAAUGAGUACAAAGAAGGACUGGUCGUUAAGAAUUUAGAAGGAAACAGCGAUAGGAAUGGCGUCAGAGUCAACUGGUUUAGGAAUCCAACAGCAGCACGUUAUAUCAGAAUUAUUCCUCAGACCCACAACUCAGGGGGCGGUCAUUGUAUACGAUUUGAUGUCUAUGGAUGUGAUAUCUCCGUCGUCCCAAAAGUGGUUUUAAAUACUGCUGACUUCAUCCUUUCAAGCAUCAAAGGAAGUUCCAUUACAUUAACAUGUAGCGUACUUGGUGAACCAGCACCUGACAUACAGUGGUUUAACAAUGGAACUAAGAUCAACGGCGCAACACAAUCAACACUACGAGUACAGUUUAUCUCUGCUGAAGAUGUGGUGUCCAAGUACAACUGUACAAGACAAGAUCCUAACACACGAGCUGUGGUCUGUAACACGUUCUACACGUGUAGGGCAACGUAUCCAAACUACGUGCCAAGUGGAGGAAUGAAUGAGGCAUCGGGGAAAGUGACGGUGAACCUGAAUGUUCCGGAGCCGCCAACUUUCAGCGGCACUGCAAGCGAGAGAUCCAUAACACUUAGUUGGAUCGCACCUACCCCAACUGAUGACGCAGGCCAGAUCACGUGGUAUGGCAUUAAAUUGAAGAAUCAGUCUUCAAAUCCCCUUAUCUAUGUUCGAGGCACAUCAUCUUCUUAUAACUUGGCAUAUCUCAAGCCUCACACAAACUACUCUGUGGAAAUGAGGGCGAUAAGCGUCGUUGGCUAUGGGUUAUGGAGCAGUUUGCAAGUUAUAAGGACAUCAAUCGCCAAGCCUACCGGUGUUCCUGUCAUAACUGGUUUAGUUCCUAAAUCGUCACAGAGCAUUCAAGUCAACUGGGAGUUUACAGAACAUGACACGCUGUAUGGACCACUGGAUGGAUACACGAUCAAAUACGCUCCUAGAGGAGGGGUUAGUCAGACCGCUCGUGUAAAUGGAGAUGUGAAAACAACGACGUUGACUUCACUGGAGAAAUAUACUUGGUAUACUGUAACGGUAUUAGUAAGGAAUACUCUGUAUGAUGGCCCAGAGAGUAAAGCCUCAAGCAAAAGAACAUUGGAAGAUGCCCCCAGUAAUCCAGUAAACCCCAAAGCAUUUUUAUUGGAUCCUGGAAGCAACAUUCGUGUGCCUCGAGUCCGUAUCACUUGGGAGAAACCACAGGAAGAGAAUGGCAUCAUCACACGAUACGUUAUCUAUUACAGUCUCACUGGUACUGGUGUCUCAAUCUACAAAUAYAUCAACAUCACAGAUAUUAACACUUUGACUUACACAAUGAGCGUACCUGGAGAAACGAAAUUCAGCUUUAAGAUAAAAGCAUCAACUAUUAAGGAUGGACCUUACACGGCUUCUAAGAAUGGCGAUGUACCUUCCUACCCGCCCGCAAUCGCACCAAGAAAUACACGAUCAAUAAAAUUGAAUAAGACAACCUUUAGCAUCGCCUGGCAACCGUUGCCUAGAGACCAGAGUAAUGGCGUCGUCACUAAGUAUGAAGUAACAUGGCAACUGAUGAGCAUUGGAAAUCGAAGGCGAAGAUCACUUAGUCCGUCUGUCACAGCGUCAACACAGGAUUCCCAGUACACGAUAUACAAGUUGAGAUUGUGUGCGCAAUAUACCGUGUAUGUGAAAGGGUUUACUAAGGCUGGUCCUGGACCCAACAGUACUGUGCUUAUUGUGACAUCACAGCCUGGAGAACCUUUGAAUGUACGGCCAGCGGGAAAAGGGAAAAGAACAAUUGAACUGAAGUGGGACAAACCCCGUGGAGUAUCACGAGAGAUUAGAAAAUACAAGAUCAUCAUGAAAGGCUUCAAACCAUACUGGAAAAACUGGGGAAACGUUUCUAAGGAAUUUGAACAGAAAGGAGAACAAGCAAAUAAUAAAAACUUCCAAAAUCUUCAACCCGGCACGAGUUAUGAAUUCUGGGUAAUAUCCAUCACAGAAUGCGGCGAAAGCAACAAAAGUGUUUCAACUUCAGUUAGCACUGAUGUGGACGUUCCAGUGCAGCCAGAAGGAAAACCCGUUGAUCUUCCACAAGAUAGCUUUAACGUAACAUUGUGGCCGGUAAAACCAGAAAAUGGACCAAUCAGCUCAUAUCACGUGAUCGUCGUUAGAGGAAAAAGCACAAACGUUGAUACCCUACCAGAUGACAUACAUAACUACGAAGACGCUAUAGAAAAGAAACAAGAAUAUUACAUCGCUGCUAAGAUAAAAGUUGACGAUUUCAAGUCAAUCCCUAAACAGUUUACUGUUGGUGACGAUAAAGUGUAUGGGGGAUACCGAAACGUGCCUCUGAAGAAGGGAGAAACUUACAMUAUAGCAGAAAGAGCUGUUACUGUCGAUAAUAAGAAAGUCUAUAUCGGCAAAGCUGCAAAAAUUGCUACCAUACAUCUAAAAGCAGAAAGCAAAGGGGAAGAACCAGUGAGCAGCCCGGUACCAGGACAAGCUAUUGGUGGAGCGUUUGGCUUUCUCGUUCUUCUUGCAUGCGUCGCGCUGGGCUUUUUCUUAUACAGACGUAAGCACGGGAAAGCAAAAGACGAUUAUCGCGAAAGUGAUAUGGCGCUGGAUGACAUCGAAGACAAUGAACAACAAGAAAGAGAAAGUGUAGGCACUAUCGAUAGCCAAGAAGAGCCAAACAAAUAUGUCAAUGUACUACACACAGAGUCAGCUAACGAAGAGAUCUAUGAUCAAACAUGGGAUAACGCAGCCAAACCAAUCCCAGUACGACAAUUUGCUGAGUAUGUCAAGACCGCCAAGUCCACAGACUACGCACGGAUUAAGGAAGAAUUUAAGCACUUGCCAAAUGCACAUCUUUUCUCAACAAGCGUGGCUAAGAAUCCCGAGAACAAAAAGAAAAACCGUUAUGGAAACAUUGUUACAUACAACCAUUCUCGUGUGGUUAUUGAGCGCACAGGUGACGAGAAUUCUGACUACAUAAACGCCUCGUAUAUGGAUGGUUUUGAUGGAACUCCGAAGGUUUACAUUGCUUCUCAAGGACCAGUACCACGGACAUUCCCUGACUUCUGGCAGAUGAUUUGGGAGCAAAAUACCUGUACUAUAGUCAUGUUGACCAACCUAGUCGAAGGUGGCAAGACAAAGUGCCAUGAAUAUUGGCCAGAAAACAAGGAGACGUACCGAGAAAUAACUGUCAAUCACCACAAGACUGAAGUGUUCCCAGAUUACAUCAUUCGUACGUUCUUGCUAACAAAGGCCAACAGCCAAGAGCAGCGCAAUAUCUUACACUUCCAGUUCACCGUGUGGCCUGACAAAGGAGUACCACAUUAUGCAACUGCCGUUCUUGGUCUAAGAAGAAAAGUCAAAGCAUUGAAUCCUCAGAAUGCUGGCCCGGUGCUGGUUCAUUGCAGUGCUGGUGUUGGUCGGACAGGUGCAUACAUCGUUAUCGACGCCAUGCUUGAUCGAACCAAGAAGUUGCGGAAUAUCGAAAUCUGUAACUAUGUGGCGAAGAUAAGAAAAGCUCGGCCAUAUAUGGUUCAAACUGAUGAGCAGUACGUGUUUAUCCAUUUGGCUGUACUUGAAGUACUAACAUGUGGCAACACGGAGAUCCAAGCACACAACCUGCAGAAUGUCAUGAAGAAACUGUCCACGAUCAACCCACAGAAACAAAUCAGUGGUUUUGCUGCAGAAUUUGAGCGUCUAAACCUGGUCACAGCUGAUUAUGUAGAAGACGAGUGUGACAUCGGUCAAGCGGCGGAGAACGCGUCGAAAAAUCGAUACCCUGACGUCAUAGCUUUGAAUAGCUGCAGAGUUCUUCUUACAAAAGAAGAUGCUACCGAAACAGACUCGGUCUACAUUAACGCAUCUUUCAACCACGCCUACAGAGAGCGCAACGCCUUCAUCUUGACACAAGCUCCAUUACAGAACACCAUCGAAGAUUUCUGGAUCAUGGUUGUGAAUUAUGACAUCAAAACGAUCGUGAUGCUUAACACACUCGAAGAAGAAAAUGAGCAAUUUCCACAAUACUGGCCGCAAACAGAAGCAGAGACAUACGGUAAUGUCACAGUAGAGUUACUCAGUUCACAAGACAUCGGCGAACUUGUUUCAAGGCGGUUCAAAGUGACUUAUAAGUCGUCGAGUAUUCGUGUUCAACAUCUGCAGCACUUGAAAUGGGCCGACAAGUGUAUUCCUGCCAAUCCUCAAACUGUGUUAGACUUGCUAAACGAAGUUGAACAAUCCCAAAGACAGUCCAGCAACGCUACACCAGUCGUCGUACAAUGCAGUAAUGGUGUUGGUCGAAGUGGGACGUUCUGUACAAUAUCUUCUAUUUUGGAGAGAAUGAAGCAAGAGCAAGUCAUCGAUGUGUUCCAAGUGGUCAAAUGUAUGCGUUCAAACCGUCCAGGAGCUGUUGAAUCACUGACCCAGUACAUCUUCUGCUACCAAAUCAUUCAGAAAUACCUCGAUUCUUUCAGUGACUAUGCUAACUUUUCCAAUAGCUAAAUGCACAUGCGCAGUGAGGUCAACGAGACCAGGAAAGCUUCAAGAAAUAAAUAAAUAAAAUAAAAAA